AUGAAAAACUCAGAUCCAACAUUCGUAUCCAUGAAUCAAGGAAGGAAAAGGGUAAAACACAUACCUCAAAGAUUUGCCUUCACCGUCGCGUUGCUGCCCUCAAUGAAUCAGGAGAAAGGAAGAUGCUUACCUCAAAAACUUUCUUCUCUUCACAGCGGUGUCGUCGUCUUCCUCGCACUACCGGCGUCGAUGUCUUCCUUCUUGCUCGACCGACUUUUUCUUCCUUCAAGCACCGCUACCGGCAUCACCAAGCACCAGCUUCUUCUCCUUGCAUUGUCGUCUUCUUCCCGCCCGCGGUCCUCAUCGGCGCCGUCGUGUUUCUCACAGCCGUCGUUGUGA